CGACCUCCGUGUCCUGAGUGUCCGCCAUUUUGAUUUGUCCGAGCAUCACAUUCCUUUCCAGGUUGACGUCAUUUUUUACGACAAUUCAACGCCUCAGCGUUCAAGCAACGAAAUGGACAGGACCAGUAACGAGACUGCUAUGGACGAUCUGACAACUGUAUACCUUCUGGACGAGACAAGCAGCAGCGGGGAAUUAGACACAGAAGAGCGGCAGAACGAGGAAGGGGACCUUCCAUACGAGGGAACGUGCGGAGUAGAAUCUGACCAGCCUCCCACACAGGGUCGAACAGAGCAGACGGACAGGCCUGCAUUGAAAUAUACUGUUGAUAAACAAUAUGCAUGUGUGGAAUGUGACUAUAGGACAGCUUCAAAGACUAAACUGUCAAUACACACAAGAAAACAUACAGGCGAGAAACCCUAUAAAUGUAACCAGUGCAAAUACUCUGCUGCACAGAAAUGUACUUUGGACCGACACAUGGCUACACAUACCGGAGAAAAAUCCUUCAUGUGUGGAGAGUGCGGGUACGGAACCACCAACAGGUUUAACCUGUCCAUGCAUGUAAGGAAGCACACCGGUGAGAAACCUUACAAAUGUGACCAGUGCGACUAUUCUGCAGCACGGAAAGUUCAUUUAGACGGACAUAUGACGUCUAAACACACCGGGGAAAAACCCUACAUGUGUGGAGAGUGCGGAUACAGGACGGCUAACCGGGCUUCUUUGACCGUACAUAUGAGAACACACACAGGCGUGAAACCUUAUAAGUGUGACCAGUGCGAAUAUUCUACUGGACGUAAAAGUAACUUAAACCGACAUAUGGCUAAUCACAAAGGUGAAAAACCCUUCAUGUGUGGUGAGUGCGGAUACAGGACGGCUAACAGGUAUGACCUAUCCAGACACAUGAGAACACAUACAGGUGAGAAACCUUACAAGUGUGACCAGUGUGAAUAUUCUGCUGCACACAAAGUUUCUUUAGACCAUCACAUCACUAAGCAUACCGGAGAAAUGUGUGAUGAGUGUGGGUACAGGACGGCUGACAGGUCUCACCUAUCCGUACACACGAGAAGACAUACAAGUGACCAGUCUGAUUAUUCCUCUGCCGUAAAAAGUAACCUAGAUCUACACAUAGCCAAUCAUACCGGAGAAAAACCUCACACAUGCGGGUAGUGUGGAUACAAGACUUAUCUUUUCAUAUGAGAAAACACACCGGCGAAAACCUUACAAAUGUGACCAGUGCGACUAUUCUGCUGCACCCACAUUUGGCUCAUCACACUAGUGAAAAACCCUUCAUGUGUAGAGAGUGCAGGACAGCUGACAGAACUCGCCUAUCUAAAAAUAUGAGAGCACAUAAAGGUGAAAAGCGCCACAAUGUUGUAAAUGACUUUAUUCUUACUUCAUGUUUUUUUUCAUAUAUUACUUAUAUAUUAUGUAACAUUUUUAUGCAUUAUUAUAUACAUUAUUGUAUUUCUAAAGCUGCUUACAUGAUCUCUCUGAUUAUACAGAAUAUGUGCUGAGCAGAGGCGUAUACAAUGUAAAUUCCUAGUAAGUAGCAUAUGUAUAAAUCCACUUUUCUCGUGCCAUUAGGUAAGCCAUGUAUUAGAUAAACCAUAUUAUAGUUGCUCUAAGAUGUGAGCAAAAGUUGAACAUGUACAUAGUAGCUUCUGUAUCUCUUUCUAUAUAGCCGUAGUAGAAUACAUUAGUCAUUGUGGAUUAAGUGAGAUCUUACAUCAUUAAAUGUAUAAUUCUA